UGUCGACCUCACUUCGUUUUUCUUAUGCGAGCAACAACACAUGACUGACGUCGACGAGCAGGCGAGGCUUGUAUGCGAAGCCGCAGAAACAGGAAAUAUUGCUAUUUUGGAAGAGCUAGUCCGUCAGUGUCGAAGGAAAUUUCCUCCUGAUGUAUUUUGUACCAUGUUCGGUCCAAGAAAGGACGCCGACGGCCGUACGUGCACUCCACUCGUCUCCAGCGCUAAAAGCAAUCACUUGAAAGUUGUUGAGUUUCUUGUGAAAAGCUGUGGUGUCGAUGUAGAAGCGACGGGCACGGUGAGGUUUAGCGGUGAUGUCGAAGAUAUUCAAGGAGCACCACCUUUAUGGACUGCAGCCACGGCGGGUCAUUUGCCGGUGGUUCAGUUUCUGGUCGAGGCUGGCGCUCGUAUCAAUCACGCGACGGCAACGGAAUCUACACCUCUUAGAGGAGCGUGCUUUGACGGUCACCUGGAGGUUGUACGGUAUUUGCUGCAACAGAAGGCGAAUAUUGAUGCGCCAAACAACUGCGGUCAAACCCCUCUUAUGGUGGCUGCUGGACGAGGUCAUCUGCCGCUCGUCAAAUUUUUGUUAGACCAUGGAGCAGACAGUAACAAGAAAACCAAGGAGGGGUAUUCCGUAUUGCACAUUGUGGCAUCGGCCGAACGGGGCACUACUGAAAUUCUGAAAUGUCUUGAACGAGCUGGUGCCAGGCCUGAGCUAACACAUGAUGGUUGGACUGUUGGCUUUCUUGCUGCUACAGCUGGCCACGAGUCGAUGGUGGAAUACAUUGUGCACAAACCAGAAACACCAAUUAGGGAAAGAGCUGAAAUUCUUGAACUGUGUGGCUCUGUGUUGUUUGACAAGAGUAAUUUAGUCUCAUCGGCUAUGCAGAUGUGGCAGCGAGCCAUGGCAAUUCGCUGUGAGCACAAUCUUCUACUUACUUUGGAUCAAGUUCUUGCUCCAAUGAAGGCAUAUGAUUACAAGCAAGAGGCACUGACACCCAGUGAUCUUGUAGCACUGCAGAGCGACCGACAUUCUCUUGAAAUGCACUCCCUACUUGCUCGUGAAAGAAUCAUUGGAGAGAGGCGCUCUACUGCCUUUUACAUUCGCCGCCGUGGUUUACGUUAUAGUUCAGCUCGUUGCUAUGAGUGGACUAUGAAUCUGUGGCUUCAUGCUUUGGAGAUGCACAAAAGAAUUGUGAAACCUGGUGAUCCGGAUUUGAGGGCAAUACUUCUCAACUGCACAAAUACUUUUAAAGAUAUGAUUGCACACAAGUACCAUCCCAGUAUGAAGGUCUUUUUUAAAUGGGGUUUGGAUGAUGUCAUCCAGUCUCAACCUGAAACUGAGCAUCGAUCAAAAAUGAUGUCAAUAUUGCUAAAUUUCUUGGGUGUGUGGUUAGACACUGAUUGUAAUGAGCUGGGUAGUGAAUGGUGUGAGAGGGCAGCUCUCAUAAAGCGUCUUGUAGAGGCCGACAUUAGAGAUAGGCAAGGCCAUUCAUUUCUUCACCUGGCAUGCAGUAACACAACGGCUGAGGGCAACUACUAUAAACUGUGUGAAUUCCCUAAUCUCGGUGUAGUUUCAUCUCUUCUGCAAUGUGGAGCUGAUCCAAAUGUGAUCAACUUAUCAAAGGAAACUCCGUUGCACUGUUUUGCUAAGUCAUUGCAAUUUUCUGGUACCCUGGAAAACACAGUUGACUGUAUCUUGAGUCAACUAGUCUCAUUUGGAGCUAUGACAAGCUGCAGAGACAAGGAGAAGCGCACUGCUCUUUCUGUUCUUCUAGACAGUGAAGGAGAUGUUGGAAACUUGGUGUCAUCACACAUAGUGGUUGCAUUUAGAAGUAUUUCUCAUCAAGCACUUUGCCUUCAAUCUUUGGCAGCAUCUGCAAUUGUAGAUUAUGGUAUUAGUUAUGAAUUUGUUCUACCUGUUGGUUUGAAGCAAUAUGUUGACUUGCACUAAUAGUAUUGAUUAUUGGUUUUCAAUUUUGUAUGAGGGUGAUGUAUCAGUGUUCAUGGUGAAUGUAUUUCUCUUUACAUGUUC